UCUCUAUCCAAAUCAAGUACUUGAAUUCCAUUCGGGUCAAAAAUUCGGGUCGCAGCAAAAACUACGAAAAUUCAAGAUGUGUAGAUCGACGGACUACCACGGAUUCCAGUCACGCAGAGACCGAUUGAAGAUUCGGGAAUUUUUUCUGCGGUUUUCUGGUUUGAAUACCCGGGAACCGUUACCCGAAUCGCUCAGUCUUAUUUAUCUUCCACGGAUCAACGAAAACGAGCUUGAGAUUGACGGGUCGAAGAUCCGACCCGACUCGCCGGCGUUUGUGACGCUGUACCGGGUCGUGAACGCAAAGGUGAGAGAAGGAGAGGUGGUAUUCGGGUCCAGGGAACGGGUCGGGGCCGGCGACGGGAUCCGGUUUGAGGUGUACCUGAGGGAGGAGAAGGUGUUGAAGGGAAUUUUCAGGAAGGAUGAGGGGCAAGAGUGGAAAUUGGAGUGUAAGUGUGUGCUGGAGGGUGAGAGUGGCGCGGCGGAGCUCGCGGAGCUCACGGAGGCUGAGGUGUGCGUGGCCGUGGAGGGACACGUGGCGAUGAAUGAGAGAGUGAGCAUGGCGGUUAAAAAGACGAAAAAGCACCGGAAAUGCGGGUUCAAGCGGUUGGAGGAGAUCCCGGAGGAGGGAGAGGUGGAUGAUGCAUCGGACGGCUGCUGUUGUAACUGUGGAUCGGACGGUGGAGAUUCGGAGAUGGGGAGUGACGUGGACGGUAAGGAUGAGGGGGAGAUGGAGAUGGAUAUGGAAGGAGUGAGAUGGGCCGUGGAUGUGGGGAUUUGGGUCAUGUGUUUGGGUGUGGGCUACUUUGUUUCUAAAGCCUCUUCCAAAAGCUUAAGACGCACAAGAUUAAUAUAAGGCCCAAUUAGUUUUUUGGUUUUUUGUUUUGUCAAUUUCUAAUCUAAUUUUGGACAAUUUGUUAAAUUGUAAAGCACAAACAAAAAUGAUUAUCUUUUCAC